CGACAACCCACACGGGUGUGUGAGGACUGAGCAGUGGCCAGUGGGCGUGGUGCUCUCAUCUGCUCUCUCUCUCUCCCCAAACCUCCUCUAAACCCACGCUUACCGGCGACCGGCGCGCCGGAGGAGGAGCCGACCCAACAAUGCCGCCGCCCACGCCUCCGCUCCUCCUCCUCCUCCUCCUCAUCGUCGCCAUCCUACCGCUCGCAGCCUCCCACGGCCACACAACCCGCCGGCUCCUCCAGACCGACCCCACCAUCUCCCCUGCCCCCCCACCCCCUCACCGCCACCACCGCCACACCCCGCCGGCCACUCCCUCCACCCCGCCGCAACCACCAGCACCGCCCCUCCCUCCUCCGCCCCCGCCAUCUCGCCGCCACCACCGCGCAUCACCCCCGCCGCACCAGACCCCAUCUCCUCCGGCGCCGCCCCCAAAUCCGAAUCUUGCGCCGCCGACGCCGAGGUUCUCCUCCACGUCCACCACCCCGGUACCCACGCCGGUCAGCGAGUACCCCUUCACCAACUACCCCUUCUUCCCCACCUUCUCCCCGCCGCCGCCACCUCCCCCCUCCACCGCCGACCAGACCCAGCCAUCCUCCUCCUCCGGCGACGGCGACGCGUCCCGCACCUUCCCGGCCAACAUCUCCACCCUGGUCGCCCCCAACGCCGGGAGCGGCGGCGGCGGCAGCGUUAGCCGCACCUCCCGCGGCUUCCCGGUGCUGCAGGCGCUGCUGCUCGCCUUCCUCUCGCUCUGCCUGCUGCUCCUCUCCGCGCUCCUCUCGCUCCACCUCUUCCGCCGCCUCCGCCGGCCCUCCUCUUCCGGCCACCGCCGCGCAUCAGACGCCGCUAACGGGGCGGCCGCCUCCUCCUCUGCCGCGACGGCGCGGCGGGAUGAUGGGGACGACGAGGAGGAGGACGGCGACGAGGAGGGACGCAGGCUCAAGCCACCGCCCAUGCCCACCUCCUCCUCCAACCCCAGCACCGAGUUCCUCUACCUCGGCACGCUCGCCACCCCGCCGCCGGGCCCGGCUCCGCACCCGCGCCCCGGCUCGCCCGAGCUCCGCCCGCUCCCGCCGCUGCCCCGCGUCGGCCCGCCCUCCGGCGAGUUCGGCUCCCGCAGCUCCGCGUCCGACCCCAGCACCGUGCCCCGCGCGGCCGCCGGGGCGGCCGCCGGCGACGCAUCGUCCUCCUCCCUCUCGCCUUCCUCGCCGUCGGCAACCUCCCCCACGCUCGGCUCCAGCCCCGUCCACAUCCGCCCGCCGUCCAUCCCGCAGCCCCGCGGCCGUGCCCCCAACCCGUCUCCCCCCAAACGCAGGCCACCGCCGCCGCCACCACCAACUCAAUCUUGGAACCCCUUCGUGCCCGUCCCGCCGACACAAGCCGCUCCCCACUCCGACGACGACGGCGACUCCUCCUCCACCAACGCGGCGGCGAUGUUCAAGUCCCGGCCCCUGCACUCCGACAAGCUCAAGCCCGGAUCUCUGCACAUGAAGGAUGAGAUGAUCCAGCUCUACCUGAACAACUCCGCGGCGGCGGCGAGGGAGGUGUGCGUGCUCGGCGCGCCGCGGUGCCACGGCAUUGGGGUGGUGCUGGGUGCACUGGGUUUCUCCGAGGAGCAAGUGCGUGAUGCGCUCUUGGAAGGCAAUGCACAUGGUUUGGGAGUAGAAGCCCUGCGGAUGCUCGCUCAGUUGGUUCUCACCAAUGAGGAAGAACUUAAGCUGAGAUAUUUCAAGGAUGAUCCACCUGCCAAGCUUUGCUCGGUCGAUGCUUUUCUGAAGACGAUACUGGAUGUACCAUUUGCAUUCAAGAGAGUGGAUGCUAUGCUCUAUGUUUCUAACUUUUAUCUGGAGGUCAAUCAGCUGAGAAUGUCCUACACUACUCUCGAGGCAGCCUGCCAGGAGCUGAGGAGCAGCAGGCUAUUCCACAAGGUUCUUGGGGCGGUCCUCAACUUUGGCAACAUGAUGAGCAUCAACACAGGCUCUCCAAAUUCAAAUGCACUGGAGCCCAACACGCUCCUGAAGAUAGUCGACGUCAAAGGUGCCGACGGCAAGGCGGCGCUCCUACAGUUUGUCGUCCAGGAAAUCAUGAAGCCUGAAGGACACAACAAUCUGAACCCGACAUGCAAGACGAACGCGAGCACGAGUCCGCCGUACGACGUCGACUGCAGGAAGCACGGCCUCCAGGUCGUCUCCAAGCUCGCCGCCGAGCUGACCAGCACCAAGAAGGCCGCGUCGGUUGACAUGACGGGCCUCAGCCGGAGCGUGUCGGAGCUCGGGGUCGGCCUCGGGAAGGUCCACGACGUGCUGAGGCUGAACGGCAUGAUGGCCUCGGCCGAGAGUGCCCGGCGGUUCCAUAAUGCGAUGAGCGCGUUCCUGCGGCAGGCCGAGGAGGAGAUCGUCAGGCUCCAGGGCCAGGAGAGCGUGUGCCUGUCGUCGGUGAGGGAGAUGGCCGAGUACUUCCACGGUGGUGACUCGGCCGGCGAUGAGGAGGCUCGCUUGUUUAGGGUCUUUGCUGGCGUCAGGGAGUUCGUGGCAAUGCUCGACCGGAUCUGCAGAGAGGCCGGGGAGGUCCAGGGCGUCGGUUCGACGCCGGUGAGCUGGGUGGCUGCUGGCUCGCCCAUGGGGGCGACGCCCUGAGCCGGUGAUGGUUCUGUCUGGAAAUUGUUAUGAGCAUCUGUUUUGGUAGAACAUAUGGUAUGAAGUUGUCUCCAGAACUGUUAUGUUUUCUAGGGUAGACCAGAACAAUAUUAAACAUCUAUCUAUAUAUAUAGUGCAGUAGUAUGUUGUAUAAAGAACAUUGGUAAGUUUAUCCAUCACAUGUAAGGUUAUUAUCUAGAAUGGAACUUGAAAUGA